AUGAACAAUGCUGUCUCCCCUGGGAUCCUUGUAUACGGCAGCACCGAUCUCCGGUACCAUGGCUCGAAAUGCAACGACAGCACGUGCCUCGGAUACCAGCAGGAAGAGCUUGCGGCGGUGCACGAUGGUCCAGAAGACCAAAAAUACUUCGAAAGGUAUACCUGCCAACCGAACGAAACCCUCAGCCAGAAGGUCUACUCAGAUUGGCUGAGGCAGGGAGUGCAUCUGAUGGAGGAGUCCAAGACUGGGGCACUACAGCAAUGGCGUGAGAAUAAAGCAUUUCGUGUGUCCGAUGAGGCUGCCAAGGAGACGGCACCUGACACACAGGCCAGCUCUAGUGCCUACCGUAAGCAUCCUUCCGGGUCCUCUCCAUUCUACAUUGAAAUGGCAACUUCGAGCAGGAGACGGAGACCCCAGAGCUAUUACAAGCAACGAUCACGACCACGACCUAUAACGACGAGCCGCCAGAAUGUCUACUUGGGGACGAUCUUACAACGAAAGCACAAGGAUGGCAGUGACGACAUUGUGACGGACAUUGCGUCUGAGCGCCAAAUGAUCCACCACCACUCAAAGGAGAAGAAUCCUUUCUGUCUAGGUUGGAACGACACGGAAACGACAUGCAGGGCUGCGUCAACGCCCAGUUCAGACGGGUCCGGGAAGACUUUGGAAUGUCGAUGUCGGCCCGGCGAGGGCCUCUCGAUCGAGGCUCAUUUUCACUCCGCCUUACGAGCUUCCUAUAAGUCAGAGUCGGCCGAGAUGCCGGGCCUAUCGUUCAGAGAUUCAAGGGCUGGGAAGGUCGCAGUGCAUUUCCCUGGCGUUGCAUCGCUCAUCGAUGGCCUCGAUGCGGAUCUCGACGAUCUCGACUCGUCGAGAUCUCUGGCUAUCAAACCACAUCAGUCCAUCCUUCCAGACAAGGUGGACCACGGAACAUCCACAUCAUUUCUUCCGGCCUCGCCUUCAGUUUCCGACCGCUCAAUAAGCGCCAGCAUCUCCACCGCAAGUACAACAGGGACCACUGGCACCGCUAUUCAAAUGACGAAUAUGGUAACCGAUGCCAGAGACCAAAGGCGAGGCCCGAAGUGGUCGCCAACUGGUUCGUUCGUCUCAGAGCUCUAUUCUCCCCUAGAUUCGACUGCGGUCGUCGUCAAGGACGAACAUAUCGAGUACGGGUCUGGAAGUUUCUGA